GUUUUACAAAGUGAAAGGAUCAAAUCUGUCAAACUGAAACUUAACUUUUUCUAACUAUAUUUAAUUAAUUAUUUAAGCUUUUCAAGUAUUUAAAAAAGAAAAGAAAGAAAAAAUAAAAAAGGAAAAUACCCGAGUAAUCCAAAUCUCUCUCAAUAAUCAAACCUCUCUCUCUCUCUCUCUCUCUCUCUCUCUCUAAAUUCCCUCUUCAGGGGUUCGAUUCUCAAGUUGAGCGAUAUCAAUCAGCUAUCAAUUCAUGUCUCUGAGGCCGAGCGCGAGGACUGAGGUUCGCCGGAACCGAUACAAGGUUGCCGUCGAUGCGGAUGAAGGAAGGCGGCGGAGAGAAGACAAUAUGGUCGAGAUCCGUAAGAAUAAGAGAGAAGAGAACUUACUUAAGAAACGUCAAGUACUACCGUCGUCACAGCCUUUGUCCACCGGUGUUCCAGUCCCAUCCUCCACCGUGGAGAAAAAGUUGGAGAGUCUUCCUGCUAUGGUUGCUGGAGUAUAUUCCAAUGACAACAAUAUGCAGCUGGAAGCAACUACUCAGUUUCGGAAAUUGCUUUCAAUAGAACGUAGUCCACCAAUUGAAGAAGUUAUACAAUCUGGUGUUGUACCUCGCUUUGUUGAAUUCUUGAUGAGAGAAGAUUUCCCACAGCUUCAGUUUGAGGCUGCAUGGGCACUUACAAACAUAGCUUCUGGAACUUCUGACAAUACAAAAGUUGUAAUUGAUCAUGGAGCAGUUCCAAUUUUUGUCAAGCUUCUUGCUUCACCAAGUGAUGAUGUUCGUGAACAGGCUGUUUGGGCUCUUGGAAAUGUUGCUGGUGAUUCCCCGAGGUGUCGUGAUCUUGUUCUUGGACAAGGUGCUCUGCUUCCAUUGUUGGCUCAGUUAAAUGAACAUGCUAAGCUUUCCAUGCUCAGAAAUGCCACCUGGACACUCUCAAAUUUCUGUAGAGGGAAACCUCAACCUCCUUUUGAGGAGACAAAACCAGCACUUCCUGCACUUGAGAGACUUGUUCAUUCGAAUGAUGAAGAGGUGUUGACAGAUGCAUGUUGGGCUCUAUCGUAUUUAUCUGAUGGAACAAAUGAUAAAAUUCAAGCUGUGAUUGAGGCAGGUGUAUGCAGACGCCUUGUUGAGCUUCUUCUUCAUCCAUCUCCAUCGGUUCUGAUUCCAUCCCUGCGAACCAUCGGCAACAUCGUGACGGGGGACGACCUCCAAACACAGUGCAUCAUCGACCACGGUGCACUCCCAUGUCUCCUAAGCUUGUUAACACACAACCACAAGAAAAGCAUCAAAAAAGAAGCUUGUUGGACCAUCUCCAACAUCACAGCUGGCAACAAACAACAAAUCCAAACCGUAAUUGAUUCCGCUUUAAUCCCCCCCUUAAUACAUCUCCUCCAAACAGCCGAAUUCGAUAUCAAAAAAGAAGCUGCAUGGGCUAUAUCCAACGCCACUUCCGGUGGCACUAAUGAUCAAAUCAAGUAUUUGGUGAGUCAGGGCUGUAUAAAACCGUUGUGUGAUCUUCUAAUAUGCCCGGACCCACGCAUCAUAACUGUAAGUCUGGAAGGGCUGGAGAACAUUCUAAAAGUAGGAGAGGUUGAGAAGAACGCGGGGACCACAGGAGAUGUUAAUUUCUAUGCACAAAUGAUAGAUGAUGCAGAAGGUUUGGAAAAGAUUGAGAAUUUGCAAAGUCAUGAUAAUACUGAAAUCUAUGAAAAAGCAGUUAAGAUUCUUGAAACGUAUUGGUUGGAAGAAGAGGAGGAGGAGGCUGUUGGUGAUGGUGGUUUGAAUUUUGGUGGGAGUAAUGUUCAAGUUCCCGCUGGUGGAUUCAAUUUUACCGGAUGA